AUGAAUCGGGUGCCCAACAUUGCAAAACAACCGCAAAAAUCUUCCCAGAGAAAGGAGAAGGCCCCUCCAGAGGUUCCGGCUAUUAUCACCGAUAAAGAGCGUGGCUCCUAUUAUGAGAAAGGGAGAUUUUUGGGCAAAGGAGGAUUCGCUCAUUGUUAUGAGCUCACUAAUCGAGCCACGCGUGAGGUGGUUGCUGGAAAAGUGGUUCCCAAAACUAUGCUUGUUAAGCAAUACCAAAGAGACAAGAUGACUCAAGAAGUGCAAAUUCAUCGGGAAUUGUGCCACAAGAACAUCGUCAAGCUUUUUCACUUCUUUGAAGAUUCGCUCAAUGUAUAUAUUACAUUAGAGCUAUGUGCUAGACGGUCGUUGAUGGAAUUGCAUAAGAGAAGAAAGGCUGUAACCGAGCCUGAAGCUCGUUACUUUACUCAUCAAGUUGUUGAAGGUGUUCUUUAUUUGCACGACCUUAAAAUCAUUCAUCGCGAUAUGAAGCUUGGAAAUCUGUUCCUGAACGACGAUCUUGUUGUUAAAAUUGGUGACUUUGGUUUGGCGACAACUGUUGAUGGAGAUGAACGUAAGAAAACUUUGUGUGGAACUCCGAACUACAUCGCUCCUGAGGUUCUCAACAAAAUGGGCCACUCCUUCGAAGUUGAUAUCUGGGCAGUUGGUUGUAUCCUCUAUAUUCUGCUUUUUGGUCAGCCUCCAUUUGAAUCAAAGUCCCUGGAAGAGACAUAUUCAAGAAUCCGUCAUAACAACUACACGAUUCCGUCAAGCUCGACGCAAACAGCGUCUAAUUUGAUUCGAAAGAUGCUUCAUGCCGAUCCAACUAAACGCCCAACGGCAAAAGAGGUGCAUCGCGACAUCUUCUUCAAGUCUGGCUUCAUGCCGGCUCGACUCCCUGUUUCUUGCUUGACUAUGGUUCCGAAAUUCGGUGGCCAUGAAACAUCAAUGAUGGAGGAAAACGUGGCGCCAAGAGGAACCGAUGCACGGGUGCAGCGCCCAUUGAAUGGUAGGGCGGGACUGGCUGCUUUGCCACCUCACAUGGUGGCGAACAAUGCUGAACGCGAGAAAGCUCAACAGCAAGCUUCUGAGGCAACAUUCAGAGAACCAGAAGAUGCUUAUCUCUCGCAGCUUUUCCAUCAAGUGGCUGUGCUUCUCGAGCAACGCAUUCCAGGGAUUGAAGAGGAAGAAGCUGCUCUAGAUGGAUAUCAAUCACCGGAGUGUCUCCCAAUCUUUUGGAUUUCGAAAUGGGUGGAUUACUCGGAUAAGUAUGGAAUUGGAUAUCAAUUAUGCGACAACUCAGUCGGAGUUCUGUUCAAUGACAACUCUCGUAUCAUGCUUGACCAAGCAGGAAAUGAAUUGACUUACAUUGAAAAAAGCAAUAAGGAACAUUAUUUUUCCAUGCAAAACGGAGAAAUUCCGAUGACACUCAAUAAGAAAGUUACCCUCCUCAAAUAUUUCCGGUCUUACAUGAACGAUCAUCUCGUCAAAGCUGGAGAAGGAUCGGAACAGAGAGUUGGAGAUGACUUGGCUCGUCUCCCAACCCUGCGUGUGUGGUUCAGGACUAAAUCUGCCAUUGUGUUACACUUAUCCAACGGAACUGUGCAGAUAAACUUCUUCAAUGAUCACGUCAAGAUGAUGAUGUGUCCUCUGAUGCAAGCCGUCACCUUCAUAGAUCAGAACAAACGUAUGCUCACGUAUAAACUGAGUAACCUGCAACGCAAUGGUUGUCCGGAGAAAUUCCUCCAUCGACUGAAAUAUGCUAAAACCAUGAUCGAACGGUUGAUGAGUGACGCUAACGUCGUUGCCCAUAACCCUUCCAGACAAGCGGAUGUUCCACGUGGUAUGGCAUCUGCGCGCUCCGCUUCCGCUGGUUCACGAGGACCAAUUCACAACGGAAAUCAUCUCCCACAAUCAGCCAGUGGAUCCAAUAUCCAUCCACGUCGAUAA